AUGCUCGAGCAUCUGCUCUGCAUCCGCCUUGACGAUGGUACCCUCAAGGCCUGGGAGGAUUAUGCUACUACCGUCGCUAACCCAAACUAUACCUGUCUCGUAGAUUUUCUACAACGUAGGAUCCGUGUUCUAGAGUCGAUGUCCGUCAACCACCAGUCGCAAAACUCGCAAACGCCCGUCAAUCAAGUCCCUCUCCAUCGAAAGCCAUUGUUCCACAAAGUUGCCACCCACAUCGUCGCCGAAGAACAGCCCAAAUGCUACGCUUGCAAUCAGUAUCACUUUCUCAUCAAAUGUCCCCGCUUCGAGAAAAUGAACGUGUCUGACCGUAUGAGACUAGUCGACAACAAUCGUCUUUGUCAGAAUUGUUUCCGCCACGAUCACUUUGCUCGAAACUGCCAGUCAAAAUAUUCCUGCCGACACUGCCAAAGAAGACACCACACCUUGUUGCAUCACACCAACAGCUUCAAUGAAUCCACUCUCCAAGCAUCAUCAUCGCGAUUCGCCAAUCAAUCCAUUCAUGCACCCAAUCCGUCGUCGAAUCGAAACAAUGCUCCAUCCACUACCUACACAUGCGCGAGCUCCGUCUCGCAUGCAAACGAUCCCGCGCCUACAUCGAAUUCCAACGUUCUGCUUUCCACCGUCGUUCUAUUGAUCAUCGAUUCGAAUGGUUAUGCUCACCCUGCACGUGCAUUGUUGGAUAGCGGCUCUCAAUCCAACAUAAUGAGCGAGAGACUGUGCCAGAUGUUGAAAUUGAAGCGGCGUGUCGUAAACAUCCCCGUCCAUGGUGUAGGUGAAUCAGCCUCUAAUGUGAAGCACGGCGUCCACUCUUCCAUUCGCUCCAGAAGGAAUGAUUUCCAAAUCGACCUCGAUUUUCUAGUCCUCCCUCGUGUCACAAUAGACCUGCCCGCAGUGACGUUUCCAGCCAAUCACUACCGAAUUCCAAGCGAUUUGUUCCUAGCCGACCCCAGCUUCAACAAAACCGGGGCAAUUGAUUUGCUUCUGGGAGCGGAACAUUUCUAUAAAUUCGUCAACACUGGGACACAAAUCGAACAGGAUCAAAAGCCUCUGCUAGUCGAGAGUGUCUUUGGAUGGAUUGUUGUCGGAAGAAACCAAUUUCCGUCCGCCCCACAGCCAACUGUAUGCCAUGUGUCUGUAUCAGAUCCCCUCCAUGACGCCGUCGAACGUUUCUGGAAAAUUCAGGAAAUUAGUAACACGCCCAACUACUCCAUCGUAGAGCAGCAAUGUGAAUCGCAUUUCGCCGAAAAUGUUACCCGCACCACUGAAGAUCGAAAUUGCCUUCCACGCCACUGCGAGAGACAAUUACAGCAAGAUCCAAAUAUGAAGCAGGAGUUCCAGAAUUUUCACGAUGAGUAUGAAUCCCUGGGUCACCCACGCAUUGUUCCUUCGAACGAAACCGAACCUCCGCAGACCUACAUUCCCCAUCCCCCUGUGGGGAAGGAAUUACAUACCACUACAAAAGUCCGUGUGGUAUUAAAUGGGUCGUUACACUCCAUUACUGGAUUCUCUCUGAAUGAUGCCCUUCAGGUGGGACCAGAAGUGCAAGGCGAAAUGCUCACUCUCAUCCCCACGAGUCCACACGUACUCCCCACGUUUGCCGACGCUUCCGAGCAAGCACACAGAGCAUGCACCUACGCAAGAUCUACCGAUUCCAAUAGUGGAAUUGACGACCAGCCAAUAGCGGUCAAAUCAAGUGUUGCGCCUCUCAAACUCCUUUCGAUUCCACGCUUUGAACUAUCGGCCGCCGUGCUUGCUGCUCGACUACGCGCUGAAAUCCUCGAAGCACUCACCAUGUCCAUCGAUUCAUCCUACUUCUGGUCCGACUCGUCAGUCACACUCGAAUGGUUACGCUCCCCUCCGCAUGUUUGGAAAAUCUUCAUCGCCAAUCGAGUAUCGGAAAUCCAAACUACGAACCAAGGAUCAGAAUGGAACCAUGUUGCAGGAUUCCUCAACCCAGCAAACCUUAUUACGAGAGGAAUGAAGAUGAAGGAGUUUCUGAGCAGUGAUAUGUGGCACUACGGUUCAUCCUGGCUGCGUCGUCGAAGAGAACAGUGGACAAUUUCACCAAAAACGGACAACCUUCCUGACGACGGUCUGGAGAGGCGAAUAACGGUGGCGGCCGUCCAAAGCAGGGCCACAGUCAACGAGAUAUUCCUACGAACAUCAUUCUACUUGAGACUGCAACGAGUAACUGUCUGCUGCCUACGGUUCACCAACGCUUGCAGACGACGAAGGUCAUCCGAUCAACCAGAAGGAAGCACCGUUCUCAUCGUGGAGGAACUAUCGAAAUCUCGCCUGAAGCUGGAAAAGAUAUCCCAAUGGAAUUCUUUAGCGGAGGAGUUUAGGGAUUUGAGUAGAGGGAAGCCAGUUUCGAAACGGUCUAAUUUGCGCUUGAUGAGUCCAUUUUUUGAUUUCGACGGAAUCAUUCGAGUUGGGGGAAGGUUAAACCUCUUAGAGCAGCCAUACCACACCAAGCAUCCAAUCCUACUACCCAGUUCCCAUCCAUUCACACGUUCUGUUGCCUACUAUCAUCUCAAACUGCUGCACGGUGGCGGCUGUGUAUCAUUAGCAACAAUGCGGCAAGAAUAUUGGCCUGUCCAAGAUCGACGACUGCUAAACACCGUCCUGCGACGCUGUUUCCAAUGCACACGUGCAUCUCCAACACCGGCAACUACCAGAAGCUUCCAGGAGCAGGUCCAACGUUUCUGGUAUCUGUGGCGAACGGAGUAUUUCCACGAAUUGCAGAAGAAAGGCACGAGAACAACACCGAAUACUGCCUAUCAGCCUGGAAGAAUGGUUAUUCUGGUGGACGAAUCUCUUCCACCGACAAGAUGGCCACUAGAAAGGAUCACCAAAUCACAUCCAGGACGAGACGAAUUAACCAGAGCCGUUACAGUCAAAACCAGCAAGGGAUCCAUCCAACGACCUAUCACCAAACUUUGUUUUUUGCUGCUCGAAGAAUUUUAG